AUGACGCUAUCAGCCGUGACAGUGGAAGCCUGUCCUUCUUCCGCCACAAUCUGCUCAGGUGAAGACUGCCUGGUUCCUCCUAGUAACUAUAAUGCAAUCCUCAGCCUUGUGAUGAGCGUCGUGCUCACGGUGAUGCUGGCCUUUGUCAUGUUUGCCAUGGGCUGCACCGUGGAUGCCAAAAAUCUAUGGGGGCACAUCAAGAAACCCUGGGGCAUCGUCAUCGGCUUCCUCUGCCAGUUCGGCAUCAUGCCUUUCACUGCCUUUGCGCUUUCUCUUGCUUUUGGGGUGCUCCCUGUGCAGGCCGUCGUCAUUGUCAUUAUGGGCUGCUGUCCUGGAGGAACCAGCUCAAACAUUGUCUGCUACUGGAUGGAUGGAGACAUGGAUCUGAGCAUCAGUAUGACCGCCUGCUCCUCCAUCUUUGCCUUGGGCAUGAUGCCGCUCUGUCUGUUCAUCUACACCAGCGUCUGGACUUCCAGCGACGCUAUAAAGAUUCCUUUUGACAGUAUUGGAAUCACACUGGCAGGACUUCUUAUACCUAUUGCAGCCGGGAUUUAUGUAAAAACCAAGUGGCCUCGUUUAGCAAAAAAAAUUCUAAAGGUUGGUUCUAUCGGCGGGUUUGCCCUCAUAAUCAUCAUAGCGGUGCUGGGAGGCGUCCUCUACGAAUCCUCCUGGGUCAUUGCUCCGUCCUUAUGGAUAAUUGGAUCCGUCUAUCCCUUCAUUGGUUUUGGGCUGGGUUUCGCUUUGGCCCGGUUUGUGGGUCAGCCCUGGUACAGAUGUCGAACGAUUGCCCUAGAAACAGGAUUCCAGAACGCCCAGUUGUGCAGCACUAUCACCCAGCUCUCGUUCUCCCCUGAAGACCUGGAGCUCAUGUUUGCGUUCCCUCUGAUCUACAGCAUCUUCCAGCUUGUAGCGGCAAUCUUUGCUGUAAUGGCUUAUCAAAUAUAUAAAAGGAAAUGCGGAAAAGAUUCUGACAAUGAGUUUGGAGAAGAUGAUGGAGAACCUAAACAAACUGCUCUGGAUAACAAAGCUUUCGACUCUGACGAGCUGAACGGCACCUUUUCACCCAUGUAG